AUGACCUCACAAUCCUCUUCCCCCUGUUCCCAAGAAAAAAUUAAGGCAAUCCUCCGCAGAACCCACACCUUCCUCACGCACCUCACCACCCAAGCCCCGCUAUCGCCGACCCUCCUCUCCAAUUUCGCAAAGGACAUCAAGAUCCACGAGCACGGGCUGCCCACCCUAGCCCCCUUCCUGGGGAGAGACUACGUCGGCCUCGACGCCGCGCAACAGUACUUCGAGUGCAUGGGCGCCCACCUCCGGUACGAGGGGAUGCGGUUCGAGGAUGAGGCGGAGUGGGUGGUGGAUGGUGCGCGGGGGGUGGUGGUGGUGCGUGGGUGGGCGAGGUUUUUAGCGAAUCGGACGGGGCAGGGGUGGGGGGAGGGGUUUGUUUAUCGGUUGCGGUUGGAUUCUGAGGAUUCUGAAGGGGAGGAUGGACAGGAGGGGGAGGUGAAGGUGAAGGAGUAUUUUGUCUGGGCGGAUACCGGGGCGGCGUAUUUGGCUUUGAGGGGGGAGUUGACUGCUUGA